AUGGCGAGCCCAGAGCCGGCUGUGAUGCAGCUCUGGCGGCGUUUGAGCGACCAGAUCAACGAAAGCCCCUACAAGGAAUCAAUCCCCGUGCAGGUAGUUGUUGCCUUGCUCGCAAUUGUCCUCUUCGGCUCCAUUGCCGGCCUUGCCCGCAAAGCUGCGAAUGCGACGCCCAGACCGACUGUUAUUUACACCAUCCCCCCACCUCGACUGCCCGAGAAGGAGACCAUCGUCGACGAGGCCAAGAUCAAGCUACCAGGUAGCUCGGCUGUGCAAUGCUUCUCGCCUGCCACGGGCCGCUUCCUCGGCCUCAUCAACCCCUCCACGACCGAAGGCAUUGAUCGAGCAAUUGCCGCCGCCGGCAACGCCCAGGAGAAGUUCAAGACCACCACGUUUGAACAGAGGAAGGCCAUCCUGUCCUCUCUGAAGCGCUAUGUCCUCGACAACGCAGAGGAAAUCUGCCGAAUCGCGUGCCUCGACAGCGGGAAGACAAUGGUCGACGCCCAGCUGGGCGAGAUCCUCGUCACCGUCGAGAAGAUCGAAUGGACCUUGAAGCACGGCGAGAAGGCUCUUGCUCCCUCGCGCCGUCCCACCAACUUCCUCAUGUCCUACAAGCGCAACAAGGUCGUCUACGAGCCCAUGGGAGUGAUAUCUGCCCUCGUGAGCUGGAACUACCCCUUCCACAACCUCAUCGGUCCCAUCAUCAGCUCCAUCUUCGCAGGCAACGGAAUCAUCGUCAAGGUCUCGGAGCAGACGGCCUGGUCAAGCCAAUUCUUCGCAAACAUUGCUCGCGGCGCUCUGGUGGCCCAUGGACACGACCCUGCCCUUGUCCAGACCAUCGUGUGCUGGCCUCAAGUCGCUGGACACCUGACAUCUCACCCGGAUAUCAAGCACAUCACCUUUAUUGGCUCCCAAUCCGUCGCCCACCACGUCGCCGCAAGCGCUGCCAAGAGCCUGACUCCCGUCGUCGCCGAGCUUGGUGGCAAGGACCCUUUCAUCAUCCUCGACUCUGCACGUAAAGACCUCAAACGUAUCGUCGAGGUCGUGCUCAGGGGCACCUUCCAGGCUGCCGGCCAGAACUGUAUCGGAAUUGAGCGUGUCAUUGCCGCCCCUGCCGUUUACGACACCCUUAUCAAGCAGCUCGAGCCUCGUGUCAAGGCUCUCCGCCUCGGUCCCGAAGCCGACGUGGGCGCCAUGAUCUCUGAUGCUUCGUUCACCCGGCUCGAGGAACUCAUCGCCGACGCCGUCUCCAAGGGCGCCCGUCUCCUCGCCGGCGGCAAGCGCUACUCCCACCCCGACCAUCCCAAGGGAUUCUACUUCCAGCCUACACUCAUCGUCGACGUCACCCCCGACAUGGCCAUUGCUCAGCACGAGUGCUUCGCUCCGGUCCUCACCGUCCUCCCUGCCAAGUCGUCCUCCCCCGAAGAUAUCCUCUCCAUCGCUAACGCCCCCAACUUUGGUCUCGGUGCUUCCGUCCACGGUUCCGAGAGCGACCGCUCCCUCCAGCCCAUCGUGCGAGGCUUGAAGGCCGGCAUGGUGGCCAUCAACGACUUCGCCGUCUACUACGCUGUCCAGCUCCCCUUCGGCGGAGUGGCCGGUUCUGGGUAUGGCCGCUUCGCCGGCGAGGAGGGCCUCCGCGGCAUCUGCAACAUGAAGAGCAUUUGCGAAGACCGCUUUGGCUGGCUGGGCAUUCGCACCGGGAUUCCCCCUCCUGCGCAGUACCCCGUUCCAAAUCAGAACAAGAGCUGGCGCUUCACGCAAGGCGUGGUCGAGUUGGGAUAUGGAGGUCUCCUGAGAAAGGCAUCCGGGCUGGGGAAGAUUCUUAGCAAUAUGUGA